GCUCCGCCCCAGCGUCACACGCGGGGCUGUGGCCUGCCUCUCGGACGGAGACGUGACGCCAUUCUCUUUCGCUUGCUGUUGCUGUCCGUCUCGGUGUUAUUCUGUUGACUAUCACAGAACAAAUAGCGUUUUAACUCAUGUCAUUUUAAUCUCCGGCACUGAAGCAAAGCGACAGGAUGAGUGGGCCGACUUUCACCCUGCCUGCGGAUGUGGCUGAGAUGAACCGCAUGCAUUAUGAGCUGGAGUAUACUGAGGAUAUCAGCCAGAGGAUGAGGAUACCUGAGACCCUGAAGGUGGCCCCAGAGAGCCAGGCAGGGCCCGUCCCACUCCAGCCACCCCCACCAGUUCACCCAGCUCUGAUGCAUGUUCCUGAAAGGAUUGUUGUUGCAGGUGAUGAUGGAAACCCAGGAUUCACUCGUCCAAGAGGCCUGGAUCUAAUUCAGUCAGUCCCAUCUGUAGACCUCCUGAGCAUGAAGACCCCCCCACGAGUCCUCACUCUCACAGAGCAGCCGCUGGACUCUCUGGAUACAGACCAAACCGCCAACACUCACAGUAAAUCCCACCAAACGGCCAAUUGUCACAGUCGAUCUCGAAGGGAACGCAGCGUUAGUGAGAACAUGUCGGUCCGCCACGGUGGCCCAUUGAGCAGAGGAGGAGACGUGAGUGCAAGCCUCUCCCCUCUGGCACCAGUGCGCCUGUGCCCUCCCCUCUGCUCCCCUGAAGAUUCAAAUAUCAACCUAUUCACGGCAGCAGGGUUUCUGUCGUACGUUCAGUCAACGACUCGCCGUGCGUACCAGCAGGUCCUGGAGCUCCUGGAUGACAGCCAUCGCAGAACCCACUUGGACCUGGAUGCAAACCCGGACGAGUCUGGGCUGGUUGAUGCUUCGUCACUGCGUCGGCAGAUUGUGAAGCUCAACCGGCGUCUGCAUCUGCUGGAGGAGGAAAACAAAGAGCGCUCCAAGCGGGAGGCCAUCCUGUAUUCUGCCACCGUGGCGUUCUGGCUGAUCAACACGUGGAUCUGGUUACGUCGGUAAUGCCUUCUAGUGAGUCCCCAAAACUCUGGAGCCAAAGCAAGUCCUCCAAAAGCGUGUCCUAGCAACCGUCCCAAGCAUGGAGACCAGAAGAACUGGAAUAAUCUGGAAUAUAAUCUCGAUGUGUCACAACUACCUGCUGCUGUCUCGGCCCAGCCCGGCCAGGAAAGUACAGCACGGACAGCUGAUCUGAACGGGAGUUGGUGCCGAGUCAUCAGCACGUGGGACUGAACGGGACAAGCUCCGGCUGAAGACCGCGCUCCACUCGGGUGUUUCACACGUGCUUUAGUUUCCGUGGGUUUCCUCCGUCAUCGCCCUUCACGUGUUUACGAACCUGCAUCUGUCACACUCCUGGGGUUAGAAGUCCUAAGCAGCGUUGCUGUGUGUGUGUGUGUGUGUGUGUGUGUGUGUGAGUGUGUGUGUGAGCGUGUGUGUGUGUGAGUGUGUGUGUGUGUGUGUGUGAGUGUGUGUGUGAGCGUGUGUGUGUGUGUGAGUGUGUGUGUGUGUGUGUGUGUGUGAGUGUGUGUGUGAGCGUGUGUGUGUGUGUGAGUGUGAGUGUGUGUGUGUGUGUGUGUGUGAGUGUGUGUGAGCGUGUGUGUGUGUGAGUGUGUGUGUGUGUGUGAGUGUGUGUGUGAGUGUGUGUGUGAGCGUGUGUGUGUGUGAGUGUGUGUGUGAGCGCGCGUGUGUGUGUGUGAGUGUGUGUGUGAGCGUGUGUGUGUGUGAGUGUGUGUGUGAGCGCGCGUGUGUGUGUGUGAGUGUGUGUGUGAGUGUGUGUGUGUGUGAGUGUGUGUGAGUGUGUGUGUGUGUGUGUGUGUGUGUGUGUGUGUGAGUGUGUGUGUGAGCGUGUGUGUGUGUGUGUGAGUGUGAGUGUGUGUGAGUGUGUGUGAGUGUGUGUGUGUGAGUGUGUGUGUGAGUGUGUGUGAGUGUGUGUGUGUGAGUGUGUGUGUGAGUGUGUGUGUGUGUGUGUGUGUGUGUGUGUACACCACACACUGUGAUCUUGUCAUUAACAGAAGGAUGACUCAACACGGGGUUUAUGUGGAAGUUCACCAUAUUUCCUCGCUGGCUCACGUCUCACUUUCUGUCGGCUCGUGUAAUUUCUUCAUCUUCAUGAGAAUCGGGAUGUGGCGUCCAGAAAAAAUAGAAACACGUGGAAAGAUUCUGCAGCUCCGGAUCGGCACCGGGUGUAAAUGCCAGAAUGGUUUGUGUGUUUGUGGAAGCCACGCAGAUUCCGUUCUGCACUCGGUGUGAAUGAGAUAGCUUAAAUGGGUUGGAGAGGAGACUAGAUCACUGGUGAAAUAUAGAGUACUGAUGAAUCAUUGUGUAAAGCAAAUGUCCACAACUGUUCUAGGACUAUCAGGCGAAGAUGAAGCUUCACCUGUUCCAGCUGGGAUGAAAAUCGGCAUCUUUUCUUACAGGUUGGUGUCCAGCUCGCCACUGAGGUCCACUCUGGACCAGGUUACGUCCCACUUGGAAGUGCUGUCGCGCUGAUUCUCACUCUGCUAUGAUGAAAAUCUUAUUUAUUUGGUAAAUGGGUUGAUUUGAUGUUGAUGUGCUUAUAUUUAUUUACAGAGAUACAUGCUCCUGGUUUUCUCGUUAAUAACUCACUGCUUCAGUCUCUCAAUAAGCGAUGUUUGUUUAUAUGAAUAUUGGUUUUAUUGGUGAGGAUGUUUGCAUCUACCUAUCAGACCUCAAGGUGCUACGGAUGAAACCACAUAGGGUAUUAGACCUUCUCAUUCGUGCAGACCAACACAAGAGGGGUCAGUGGUUCAACAUUAGGUGAGACUGCAUCAUUUAAUCCCCGGGAUGUCUCAACUCUCGCCUCAGGACAAACCAGAAUUAACUGGAGUGUCAGAUGUUUUGGGAACAUGACUUCCAUCCACAAAGUGUCAAAAUAUCCAGAGUAAAUCUACAGAGGCCAUAAAAUUUAUCUUGGAUGUUCUUUGGGUCUUCUUUUAUGAUAUUUGUGAAGCAUAUGAAAUAUUUAUUUAAAAUUUAAGCCCUUCAUAUAUGCAUUUUCUGUCUGACAGGAUCUAGAAUGUGAGAGUUUUUGACAAGUUUUGUACAUAGUAGGACUAAAACAUGAACAUCCUGAUAUGUAUGUUGUGGAAUAAAAACGCUAUAAAGCAACGUGUGGCUUUAUGUGUCGCAAAUGUGAAUAAGAGUGAUACAUCUCGUGUGUUACAGGCAUGUUGUUGCUGUGAUCCUUACUGUCUGAACCUGGGAAAUGGGAGUCUUGUUGAAUCUGAGUGUUUGAUCAUUUUUUGUGUUGAUGUUUUGUAAAAACUGCUGCUGUAAUAAUAAAGGCUGGAUGUGGAGCUCUGA